GUUUUAUUAAUUCGUUGACUGAAACGACUCUGUCUGUGUGUGUCCAAUCCAUCUGACAGGCAACUGUCAUUCGGUUUGACCUUCGUCAGCCACCGUAGGCUACGUCAGACUGCUAGCCUAGUGUAGUCUACAGCUAGCUAGCUAGCUAGCUACCUCUGAAAACAACAUGGCUUUUACUUUGUACUCUCUUAUUCAAGCAGCGAUUCUGUGCGUCAAUGCUGUCGCUGUAUUACACGAAGAAAGAUUUCUGAGUAAAGUCGGCUGGGGGGUCGACCAGACUGUCGGAGGUUUCGGUGAUGAACCAGGCAUCAAAGUGCAGCUAAUGAACCUUGUCCGCUCUGUGAGGACAGUGAUGAGAGUGCCGUUGAUUGCAGUGAAUGCAGUCUGUAUAGUCCUGCUGCUUCUGUUUGGAUGACGAGUGAAGAUGGGCCAGGCCGGGCCAGGCUGGGCCAGACCAGACCAGGCUGGGCCAGACCAGACCAGGCUGCUGUUGGGGACUCUUUUGCACAUUUGAUCACUUUGGCACACAAAACGUCUCCUUUCAGCCGGAAUAUUCAUGCUAUCCUUUAAUAUUCCACAUCAAUAAUUUGUUAGGCCUGUUUUAUACAGCUCAGUGAUUUCAAAUGAGUACAGAUGCCGCUAUUUAGAAUGCACCCUGGUAUUUUGAAUAGUACUACAAAAUAGUUAACACUUA